UUGUUAUUUUCAGUAGAGCUGCAGCUUAGAGGUGGAUAAAGUUCGUCUCCACGUUGGAAGUGAUAGAAAGUAUUAUCCCUAUUCAGGACUCUUUGUGCUUUUUGGGAAGGAGGAACAAUCAAAGCGGAUACUUCAGGUGUGAAAACACGGAGGCUCGGCGGCGGGGGAACAACGCUUUUUGUUGUUGACCGCGCGGUUCACGAGAGGAAAGUUUUCUCAGGACACGAAGUUGUCAAAGUGAGUUGAACUUCAACAAUAGGCGGACUCUAUCACAAGACAGUCGAAGGAUAGAGAGUCACGGGACACAUGUAAACAGUCGGUCUUUAACUAUUUUUUAAAAAGGAGAGUAGUUCUCCCUUAACGUGAUUAAAAUUAAAAUUAAAACUUUAUGUCCAGAAAAAUGGAAGCAACGUUUUACGACGAAGCCGUGAAUGCCUCCAGCUCUCAGCAUGACGGGCCGACGGUCUAUGGGUUCAACCCCAAAACCCUCAAACAGACCAUGACGCUAAACCUAAACGACCCGAAAAACUUCAAGCCCCAGCUGAGCGCCAAGGCCCUGGACAUCCUGACGUCCCCCGAUGUCGGUUUGCUGAAGCUGGCCUCGCCUGAACUGGAGAGAUUAAUCAUCCAGUCCUGCACUGGGCUCACGACUCCCACCCCGACCCAGUUUGUUUGUCCCAAGAACAUCACCGACGAGCAGGAGGGGUUCGCGGAAGGGUUCGUGAGGGCACUGGCUGAGCUACACUACCACCAGCAGGCACCCGCCGUCCACCCUGACGCGCAGACCGGCGCGAGCAACAGUAUGGUGUCCGGCUCUGCUGCGUCCGAGAGCGGCGGUAUUCCCUACAGCUGCACGGUGCGCACCGACCCCCCGGAGUACACAAAUUUGGGGGCUUUCAGCCGGGCCGAGGGCUCUGCGUCUGCACCUGCUGCCAGCGAGAGGCACCCAUCUAUAAAUUACCCAUCCGCCCACCACCACAUGGACCACCAUCGGGCGGCAGCACAGCACUCGCGGCUACACGCGCUCAAAGAGGAGCCGCAGACGGUGCCCGAGAUGUCCGGCGACACCCCGCCGCUCUCCCCCAUAAACAUGGAGAACCAGGAGCGCAUCAAAGCGGAGAGGAAGCGCAUGAGGAACAGGGUGGCCGCGUCUAAGUGCCGGAAAAGGAAGCUGGAGAGGAUCUCCCGGCUGGAGGACCGGGUCAAAAACCUGAAGAACCAAAACACGGAGUUGGUUUCCUCUGCCAACGUCCUCCGGGACGAGCUGGCUCUGCUUAAGCAAAAGGUCAUGGACCACGUCAACAGCGGCUGUCAGCUCAUUUUGACGCAGCAGCUCCAAGCUUACUAGACUGACAAUGGGAAAACAACCAAGGGACAUUUCUUGGGGACCAAAUGCAGCUUAAAGUGACCUGCUCAGCCUCGCGGGGAGUCCCUGCGUCUCAUUGAAUUUCUCCACCAAAUUAACCGCUCAGGCUGAACCCACUAAGUUUCUGCAGACUAUGGAGACUGACAAGAUAUUUGUAAUUGGUCAGUGUCAUGAAUUAUUACAGAGCACAGACGGACAAAGCUCAGAGGGAACAUUUGCUCCAAAUACUCUGAUGUGAAAAAAAAUAUUUCACUCAAAACUACAAUAUGUCAUGUGUAUUAAGUCAAGCCAAGGUAAUGUGGCAAGUGCCCAUACUUAAAGCUAAUUUUGAAUUGAUUAAGUUCCAUGCACAGACACUAAGAGCCUGUUUGGGAUCAAAUUGCAUAUUAAACAGAAACACAAUGUGAACGAGGAGUUGCCUAUGUCAUGUAGCAAUUUAUGCAUAUAGACUUUAUCCAAGCACUGAGUAUCCCACCAGCGACAGUAUGUACAGAGUAACACUAACAAAAAAAAUGUCCCACACCUUUAGGCAAGGACUCUUAUAGGUGUGUGUGUAGCGUUUACAGAAGAACUGCCUUACUUUCUUAACCCUUAUGUUCAUACAACUUUGUGAUAAAGGUGUAACUAAUGUUAGACCUGAAAUAACACUUUGUAAUAUUUGUACGCUGUCUUUUGAGCACUUCAGAACUGUAAAUAGGACGAAAUAAAAUGUUGGACACGCGUAA